AUGCACAGUCUGAAGAUACUCUUCACCAGAGAAAGCAAAGCACAUGUGAAAGCUGUUGCAGCUGCACAUAAAAAGAUGUAUCGUAAAGACAUUACAGACUCUAUCAAGAAAUCCAGCUGUGGUGAUGCUGAGAAAGCUUUAUUGGCCAUUGUGGCAGCCUUGCAAAACCAGACAACAUUUAAUGCAAAAUGUUUGAAAGACUCUAUGAAAGAUAUUGGAACACAAGAAAGACACCUGACAAGGAUAGUUGUUUCUCAGUCUGAGCUGGACCUUCCUGCCAUCAAAGGAAAAUAUCGCAAACUCUAUGAACAUUCCCUCAGAGAAGAUGUGGAGAAAGAGACCAGUGGAGACUAUCAGAAGGCUUUACUACGAAUAAUUGAUAAAGUUGAUGAAAAAGACCCUGAGGAUGAUGAUGAUGAUGACAAUACCCCACCUUCAGAACCAGACAAGAAAGCUGAUCUGGACGAAGAUGCAAAACAACUGUACCAGGCCAUGCACAAAGUUGGUACAGAUGAAGACACAAUUGUUGAUGUCAUUGUCAAGAACUCCAAUGAUGACAGACAGGAGCUGAAGAAGAGAUACCAGGAACUUUAUAAUCAGGAUCUCAUCAAAGACUUGAAAUCUGAGCUGACUGGUGACACGGAACAGCUUGUCCUGUCAUUGAUGAAGCCACCAGAUGAGUUUGAAGCUUAUUGUCUGCACGAAACUGUCACUGAUGCUAGCAGAGAUGAUUCCUUUUUGAUUGGGGCCAUUUGCUCAAAGAACAAAAAUGAGCUCAAGCAUGUCAAAGAUCUGUAUAAGCAAGUCUACAAGAAUGAUCUGGAACUGGACAUUGUGAUGGCCACCAGUGGAGAUGUCCGAGAGCUUCUGCUGCAGCUGGUCAGUGGCAGGAGAGAACAGACUACAGCUGUCAACACGGCCCGUGCUGAAGACGAUGCAAAAGCCAUACAUGAGAAACCAACAGCAGCAACCCUGAGAAAGAUUUUUGUAGAAAACAGCUGUAACCAAGUGAAUGCCAUUGCAGAAGCUCACAAAAAGCUUUAUAAAGAAGACGUCAUCAACUCACUAAAGAGAGCAAAUUGUGGGGACACUGAUGAUGCAUGCAUUGCUAUUGUGAAAGCCCUGAAAGACCAGAGCAGUUUCUUCGCGGAGAUGAUCAAUGAGUCUUUGAAGAACAAUGGCAGCAACAAAAAACAGCUGACAAAUAUCCUAAUUGCCAGAUCUGAGAUUGACCUACCGGCUAUCAAGACAAAAUAUGAACAGCGCUACGGAAAAUCUCUCAAGCAGGAUAUUGACAGCCUUAGUGAUGACAAAUACAAGAAAAUUCUAAUCAAAAUUAUUGAUAAAUAA